GAGUAGGGGAGAGCGGGGUCUAAAGUAGCUAACGUGGGAGAGCUGAGAAAUAUCACGUGAUUUCGUCAUCGUUUCACGUUAUGUCCGUAAAGCUGUUUUCGAGGACAGAAGAGUGAAAGACUCAGAAAGCUGUAGUCUCUGAUCUGUGACAGCAUGAACCAGCUUUAUAUCCUUUUAUUGGUCCUUUGGUCAGCUUUCAAUCUGUCUGAUGCGGGGGACCCAGAUGAACUUACAACACAAGAUCCAUGGCAGAGGAUGAGCGACAUAUUUUUUAUAGGGGAUGGAGAUGAAUUUGAAUAUCUAGAUGAAAAUGUUUGGGGAAGUAGGUUUGAUGAAUAUAACACCAAUGUUCCAGAGCCCAACAUCACAGUGUACCAACAGACAGAGGACAGAGAGGAAGUGAUCGUGCUGUGCAAGUUUGGAAGGACAUACGGAGGGCAGUCUAUUGAGCUGACAGUGAAGAGUGAACUGAAGCACACCAUAAAACCACUGCGAUUCUGUCCUUCAUAUUCUUCAGAAAUGCGUGUGUUUCUGGUCACUGUGCGUCCACCUGCUUCCUUCACCUGUGUUCAAGAGAUUUAUUCUGAUCUAGAUGUCAGGAACCUGCGCACCCAGACGUACAAUUACAGUUUAUCGGUCUCAGAUCAUCGUGAAGAAGGAGCAUCUUUAUUAUACAUCUGCUUUUCCUCCUUCAUUGCUGUUGGUCUCUUCAUCAUGACUGCAGCAGUGAUUGUGAUCAACAUCAGGAGCAAAACUAAAGACACCAACUCCACAGCAGUUACUGACAAUGACUACGUGGAAGCAUAAAAAAAACCUUUCAGAAAAAAACAGAACAGGCCUGAAAAAAAAAUAUAUAUAUAUAUAUAUAUAUAUAUAUAUAUAUAUAUAUAUAUAAGUAGCAUAUAUAUACUUACCUGCCAUUAACCCACUAAAAUAAAAGCUUGCCGAUUUAAAAUGUGAAAAUGCUGAAAAUUAAUUAAACAAAAAGUAAAUUAGCCUUUUUUUAAUAACCAGUUUUUAUUUUAAAAAUAUAUAGUAUUUCAGUAAAUAUAAUCACACUUUAUUAUUUUGUUUAUUAUUUUAUUUUUAAAUAACUGUAAAUAAUUCCAAUUACAAUUAUGGAUGCCACAAUUACAUAAUCAUUCAAAGUGGCAGUUAAUCGUUCAAAGUAUAUGUUAUGUUGUGAUUUUUCUUUCUACAUGUAAUCUUGAGGGGUUUUCCAUUGGUUUAGUUUUAGUAGGCAUAUAACAUUAUAAUACCAUUCAUAUUUUUACUUUUUUUAUCAUUUAAAGAAGAGUUUAUUUAGGUUUUUUAAGAACCUUAAUGUUGUGGAUUAGAUUAAAAAGAUAAUUUUGGCGUGUGGGGCGGGGCCGAGAGCCGUUGGAAAUGAGCGACACCUGCUCGAUCCAGGAGAUGGAAGGAUAUAGAACAGGAGCGACGACAGUGAAGGACGAGAGAGGACCAGGCCUGGAUUUUAUUUGUGUUUGGUUUUUGUUUGUGCUGUUUUGUGCUUAUUUUAUUAUUAAAGCUGUCAUUUUGAUUGUC